AUGCGAGAGCAUUUAGCCCAACAGCUCUACUCCAGGAUAGCAUCCGGAAGGUCGGAAGAGGGCCCCGUGCCAAGUGCAAUUCUUGAGGAUUGGCUCCUCGGAAUAAACGGCUAUCCGUUGUCAGCGCCCUUUGCACUUUUUCUGGAUCGUUUUUCAAAGCCUGGGCUGGAUGAUGACCCGGAUCUGUUCGAAGAUGGCCGGACGCUGCGCUUCUCCCACACCCGUGCGGUUGAGCUACCUACUAUGCCUGCCGUGCUUCUCGAGUCCAGCUUGCUGCGUCGAAGCCACAUGCAGAUUAUCCGCGACCUCUUCCUCCAUUGUGAAGAAGCGCGUGACUUCGGGCUGACCUACGCCGAGGCUGAGAAGGCGGUGGGCACCAGCAUUGACCCGGAGUUCUGGAUUGGAAAGCUGCGCCAGGCCCUGGAUGACUUGGAGACCCUUCGCAUGAAGGGUACCAAAAUUACAUGGACCCUUUUCCUCAAGAAGCUAUGCCCCAGAGCUUCUCCUCGCCACCUAAACAUGUUUGAGAGCUGGGUUUCUGAGCUGCAUGAGCUACAGGUGCUCAGGGGUGAGGUUAGUCACAGCCGCGGGAUGCUAGAAUUUUAUCGCGAAUGGAUGGCGCGGCCGCCUCUUCCAGAAUUUCUGCGACAGGUGAUUCUCAUGGAGUAUGUGGAUUCUCAACAACGUGCAGAGACCAGGGGCCGAAAGACCAAAGAAGAGCUCGUGGCCGCUAGGUGCCCGCAGCAAUAUCGUUUCAAGCCUGGUAACGUAGCCAUGGAUCAGGUGGUGUGUGACCUCCUCAAAACGCACGUUGCAAGGGAGGAGGAGAGGCUCACAAAGAUGGAAGGCCUGUUCUCAGCCACGAAGCCUGCAAAGAUCCAGAGAGCUACCAGCAAGGUGCUCAGACGCCCCGUGCCUCAAGCAACUUGGCGUCUUUGGAACGAGGCAGUCGAUGCAAUGAUCAUGGAGGGCAUGGGCAUCCUCAAUCCGUCCACUCUGCGUGCAGUGGUGCCUUGGGAGGUGGCGGACCACAUUUGUGCAGUCAUGAGGACUGAGGGCGGAGGCUCGAUAUCCAAGCAGACAUUUCUGCAGAAGAUGGCUGACCUCGGCAACUUUCGCGCUCCGGAGGAAGAAGGAGCUGAUGAUGCAUCAAGCAGCUCUGAAGAUGAAGCACCCUGA